AUGCAUCUCUUGAACUCCGUCCAGGCGUCGCCCGAGCAGGCUACGGCAUACAAAGAAAUCCAACCGCCUAUGUUCCGCUUAGUGGGUAUUCAAACAAACGAGGAAGACCCGGCCAGUUGCCCAGGCUACGUACUCUCUAUAGCCUCUUUCGAAAGGUCAGUCUGGAAAGGGGAGAAGGCGUCCAAUGAAAUCGAGCGUCGACAGUGCGCCGAUAUGGCGCUGCGAUCGUUGCAAAAGUUCAUGGAUUCACAAAAGAACGAAGAGGUGAUCAAUAAGAUGAUUGAGUUCCAGAAACAUUAUCAAGCUUUGGCGGCUCUGAGCUCGAAGUGA